UUCUGAAGAUCACAUGGCCUGAUAGCAAACGGUAUGGAAAUUCAAUUCAAACCCACCAAAAAGCUUACUCAGAAGAGCUACAAUCCAUGGCCAUGGCUACUUCUUCUCUACCCACCAAAUCCCUCCCGCCAUUUCUCCCAAGCUCAGCCUCCCCACCUUCUUCUCCUUCAACCCACUUCACCAAGCCGCUCUUUCUAGCCCCACCCGACAUUUCUCCUCUCUCCACUACCCCAUCACCACCAAAAUCUCACAUCCCCACUGCCAAAAAGAACCCAUGGUUCGAUCCUUUCGACGACGGAGACGAUCCGGACAUGGAAUACGGCUCUCUCUUCGCCGACGGCAAGCAGGAGGAGGACCCUCGGCCGCCCGACAACCCCAAUAAUCCCUAUGGGUUCUUGAAAUUUCCUCAGGGCUACAUGGUGGAGAUCGCUUCUCUGGGUCUGAAACUCCGGGGAGAUGUCCGGCGGUGCUGCUGCGUGAUCUCCGGCGGCGUCUACGAGAACUUACUCUUCUUUCCGGCCAUUCAAUUGCUCAAGGAUCGGUACCCGGGAGUCCAGAUAGACGUGGUGGCUUCGGCCAGGGGAAAACAGACUUAUGAACUAAACAAGAAUGUGAGAUGGUCUAAUGUCUACGACCCGGAUGAUUAUUUUCCUGAACCAGCAGAGUACACUGACAUGGUUGGAUUGCUCAAGAGUAGGUACUAUGACAUGGUCUUGUCAACCAAGCUAGCAGGGGUUGGGCAUGCAGUGUUUUUGUUUAUGACAACAGCCAGAGAUAGAGUGAGCUACAUUUACCCAGAUGUGAAUGCUGCUGGAGCAGGGCUUUUCUUGUCUGAAACAUUUAAACCAGAUAGCUCCAAUCUUUCUGAGGGAGGGUUCAACAUGUAUCAUCAAAUGGUUGAUUGGUUGGGGAGGCCAUUUCGCAGCGUUCCUAGGCAUCCUGUUCCUCCGCUCAAAGUUUUGAUUUCGAGAAAACUGAAGGAGGUUGUAGAGGAGAAGUAUAAGAAAGCAGGUGCUGAGAAAGGAAAAUAUAUUGUGAUUCAUGGGAUCGAAUCAGAUUCCAAAGCCUCAAUGCAGUCCAAAGGUGAUACUGAUAGCUUGCUGCCCAUUCAAGCCUGGGCUGAAAUAGCCAGUACUAUAAGGGGAUUCAAACCAGUUUUUGUCAUCCCACAUGAAAAAGAAAGAGAGAAUGUCGAGGAAGAGGUCGGGGAUGAUGCUGGCAUCUUAUUUAUCACAACCCCGGGACAGCUAGCUGCUCUCAUUAACGACUCGGCUGGUCUAAUAGCCACCAACACAGCUGCUAUCCAACUCGCCAUUGCUCGCGAAAAACCGAGCAUUGCUUUGUUUUCCUCUGAUGAGAAAGCAAAACUAUUUGUUCCCGAUGCCGAGUCAAAGAGAUGCAUCACGGUUUCAUCAGCGACAGGACGACUAAUCGACAUCGAUAUGGGCACGGUUAAAAGGGCCAUACAGAGUUUUGAAGUGCCUCUAGCUCUUGCUUUUUAGUGAGUUGACAUCAUAGAUUUCUGUUUAUAUCAUCUUGAUGGUGUUCUUUCAUUUUGUUCCCCUUCUGUUACCAUCAGUUGUAACUGUAUAUCAAAGCAUUGAAGAAGAGAGGUAAUUGUAUAUGUUCUGUUUGGUCAAA